AUGGAUCAUGAUGCUCUAUUUGUUGGUUUGGUUGAAACAAAAAUUUCAUCCAUUCAUACUCGUGAAUUCAAAUUGUUCUUAGGAGAUAAAUGGGAUUACUUUCUAUAUUCAGCUGAAGGUCUUUCAGGAGGUAUUAUGACUUGUUGGAGAAAUGAUAUUGCUUCCUUUAUUGUCAAAGAGGCUAACUCUCAAGUUGUGAUUGGUGAGCUUAGUAUAGCUAAAAACGGAACAAGGUGUAUAGCUACAGUAUAUGGAAAUAAAAACUAUUUCAUGAGAAUAUAUUUGCGGAGUAGCUUGGAGAUGAUAGCAAACAUAAAAAAUCCAGCCAUUAUAGGAGGAGGCUUUAACUAUUUACUGUCACAAUAUGAUAAGAAGGGAGGUAAGAAGAUUAUAUAUUCUACUGGUACUCAUGACAUGUACUCCUUUAUAAGUAAUUGUGACUUCAAUGAAGUGGGAAUAGUUGGCCCCAAAUUCACUUGGUGCAACAACAAGAAAGGCAAAGCCUUUAUUUUUGAGAGAUUGGAUCGUUGCAUUAUUAAUUUGGCAGCUUUGAAGAAUAUCAAGUUGGCGGCUAUAAAACACUUGGCUAGACUAGCUUCCAAUCAUUGUCCCAUAAUGCUGAAGAUUUUCUCCUCUGGUUUUGGCAGAAACUGA